CAACAAUAUAGUGGACGCGUAACCGUCAUUGCUGUAUCAAAAACGACAGAGUGCGGACGGUCGACAAAAUGAUUGCAGAAAUAUUAAUUUUCCUAGUUACAACCCUAUUGUUUUAUAUUUUAUUUGUAUAUAAAAAAACACACUAUUUCUUCGAAAAGAAGGGCCUGAAGUAUCUACCUGGUAUACCGAUGUUUGGAAACAUGUAUCAUAGUACAGUGGGUACGAAGCAUUACUUAGAAGAUUUGGAUGUUGUAUACAGGGCUUUUCCGGAUGAAAAGUAUGUAGGCCUCAUCGAAGGUACUUCUCCAAUAGUCCUCAUCCGAGACCCUGAGUUGAUAAAAACCAUUACAGUUAAAGAUUUUGAUCACUUCGUGAACCAUAAGCAGUUCUUUGAUAAAGACAUCGACCCGUUGUUUGGUGGAAGCAUUCUCAUGAUGAAAGGACAAUAUAUUUAUUUAUGGGUACAAAUAUACAUAUGUAUGUAUGUAUUGAAUGAUAAGCAAGCUGAAGUAACAAUAGACUGGUCACAUAACUCGAAGAAUCGAUAACCGAUUGGGAAAAAA